CCCCACCAAGCACACCCACCAUGUCCGACAAGUACAAAUUUAAUGUAAGUGUGUGAAGAGAAUUCAGUCGUGUGUGACGUUGCUUCGUGUCUGAUUUCCAUGAUGUAAAUCUCACCAUGUUUAGGAUCAUCUCCCUCCAUCAGCUCGUCUGCUUUCAUACAGAAACAUUUGCAUGUGGUUUGUUCUGCAGCUUCUGUUUACUCCAUGACUUCAUUUCCCGCAUGUUGGAUCUCUGCUGAGGAAAUAAUCCACAUUUAUUCUCAUGUUGUGUGACACAGACUUUGUGUUUAUUGGGUUAUUAAAGGUAUUUUGGAGCAGGUCAGAGUGUUAUACUGUAUGUUCUGUAUACAGUCCAGGAUUCAUUCCCAUCCAACUUCACCACGUGACAUCACCACGGUGAUGGUGUAAAAGGGGUUUGAUUUGAACAUUAAGACUCCAUUCAGCAGCGAGCACCUCAUCAGGUAAGACUGCAGCACUUUACCUGGAUCUGUUCACCUGAUCACGUUCUCAUAUCACUGAUUAGUUAUUGACAAAUUCACACACUUUGCACUAUUACUGCUACGCCAGUUGUGUGUGAAUGAUGCUGUUUGUACAGUCAUGAAACAUUUUAGGAUCAAUUUGAGAUGAAUUGUUGUCAGUGGUGUAACACACUCGAGUAUAUCAUAAUGUAGUGGAGUUAUAUCACUUUAUCACCAAAUCACGUAUGUAUCUGUUAAGAGUUCAUCCUGUGACAGUACAUUUACACCGUGUGUACAGUACCACGGUUUUUACAGCUAUAUUAUUAUUAUUAUUAUUAUUAAUGACAGUUUUUCUCCUUUUUAGCUGAUGCUGGAUUUUAACCACACAGAGCACAGCAAACGUUGCUCUCAUUGGCAUCACCAUGGCAACAGUGUCAGUCCUGCUCUUCCUCCUCUUCUCAACUUUUUCUCCUCCAGUCCACAGCCGUCUCACUACGUUCCAGAUCAUUCCGAGUGGCAUGACUCAGACUGCGGCUCGGGCAGCUUGCAGAGAUAAUUACAUCGACCUCGUCACUGUGUACUCUGAUGAAGACAACACUGACCUGUAUAAUAUGAUGAAGACUUAUAGUAAAACAGGCUGGAUCGGUCUCUAUCGCAGUGUGUUCCGUGAGAAAUGGUCUAAUGGUGAUCCUGUGACAUUCAGAAAUCUGGCAGGGGUUUGUGGGACAUCGAGCUACUGUGCUGCUAUGAAGACUGAUGGUUCAUGGGAAAGUCUUCAGUGCACAGGGACACGAUAUUUCAUGUGCUAUGAAGAAGAUGUUUCUUCACAGACUCCUAAUUAUCAUCUAAUCCUUGAGAGUAAGACCUGGUCUGGUGCUCAGCGUUACUGCAGGGGGAAAUACACUGACCUGGUCAGUAUCAGAGAUCAGCAGCAGAAUGAAGAGGUGAAGAUUAAAGGGUUAAACAGCGCCACGUCCUUCUGGAUCGGCCUGCUGUGUGAUGACUGGCAGUGGACCGAUGGAGGAAACUCCGCCUACAGAAACUGGGGGAGUGGUGAACCUUGGGAAUCACCAUCAGAGGACUGUGUAUUAUUGAGUGGAGGGAGAUGGUAUUCAUGGUCAGGCACUGAUCUGAAUCCUCCUCUGUGCUACGGUGCUUCCAUCCAUGUGAGUGAUGAGGCUCUGAGCUGGGAGGAAGCGCUGGAUUACUGUCGUGACGGGAACAGGGCUGGAUUUCUGAGCAUCGAUUCUGAAUCUGAACAGAGAGAGGUGGAGUCUGAGCUCAGGAGGGGGCAUGUCUCUGAGCCUGUGUGGGUGGGGCUUAGACAGAGUCGACUCUUUGGGUUCUGGAUCUGGGCCGAUGGGAAGGCCGUGUUUCCGUACUCCUACUGGGAUGAAGGGAAACAGCCCGAGCAUCAUCUCUCUCAGCACUGCGGCGCCGUCGAUCCACGGAAAGACUUCAGAUGGAGAGAUAUGAACUGUCAGUCUCGGUAUAAAGCUCUGUGUCUCAUCAAAUGCUCUCCAUGAACCUCCUCCAUAUUAUAUAUAUUUAUAUAUUUAUAUUAUUCAUUUCAAGCUUGAACUGGUCUGUGGGUAAUAAUUUUUAUUAUUUCAAGUCUUUAUUUCUAGAUAGAAGCAAAAUUAUUUUUCUUGAAAUUUAAGAAAAUUUAAGCUUGAAAUG